ACAUAUCAAAACAUUUUGGGGGACCUCCUGGUUUAGUUUCAGGGCGAGAUGACAUUAAACUAUGACAAACAACUGUAAAGUUUAGUCUGUAGAAAUACAUCGACCGGUUUUAAAAGCACAUGUGCUGUUUUGACUGGUUUUAAGCUUGUCUUCUGUGCCACGACCUAAGCGUAAAAUAGGAAUGCUUGAAACCAACCCAAGUCCAUCCCAGCCCGAUGAAGAUGGAGCUGAGGAGACUGGACAGGAGAUUGUGAGCCCAGAUGCCUACAUCAAACACCCCCUUCAGAAUAGAUGGUCUCUGUGGUUCUUCAAGAACGACAAGAGCAAAACAUGGCAGGCCAACCUGCGACUCAUCUCUAAAUUUGACACGGUCGAAGAUUUCUGGGCUCUCUACAACCAUAUCCAGUUGUCAAGCAACCUCAUGUCAGGCUGUGAUUACUCCCUUUUUAAGGAUGGCAUUGAACCCAUGUGGGAGGAUGAGAGGAACAAGCGUGGCGGGCGCUGGCUGAUCACACUGAACAAGCAGCAGAGGAGAUCAGACCUGGACCGCUUUUGGCUGGAAACUCUCCUGUGCUUAGUCGGAGAGGCUUUUGACGACUACAGCGACGAUGUCUGCGGAGCUGUGGUCAACAUCCGCACAAAAGGAGAUAAAAUAGCUGUCUGGACAUCAGACUACGAGAACCGGGAAGCUGUGACACACAUAGGGAGAGUUUACAAGGAGCGCUUGGGGCUUCCCAUGAAGAUGACUAUUGGCUACCAAUCUCAUGCAGACACAGCCACCAAAAGCGGUUCAACCACCAAGAACAAAUUUGUCGUUUGAGAAAUGCCCUAUGUGCCUCUUUUCAUUUCCUUGUCUUAUUUGUUGUUGGUGCAUAUGUUUACCUUGCUGCAAAGACUGCGGAAUGCAAUCUGGAGGACAAAAAAAGAAACAGUCCAAGACUACCUGCUAAAUCUUUCCUUAACUUUCCCAGGAUUUAUAAAUCACAGGAAAAAAAUCCCUUGGAAAACAGCAGAACAUGAAUCUUCCUUAACACUAACAAUGAAAGGUAUUAAUAGAGGAGAAGAUUUAGAGUGUAUACUCUACUAAAGAAACUUGUGUUGUUGUUUUUUGUUUUUUUUUUUAAAUUCAGGGAACCCUGAAAUGCAAAAACAAUGUAUAUUUCUCUCCCAUUUACUACAGCAUUGUUGGUUUGCUGUAAUCCUUAUGACAUUAAACUCUUAAUUUAUUGUUAAUUUGCCCAUAUUCUAUUAGUCCUUGGUUUUAUGCUUCACUGUUGCAUAUAAUGGUCAACCUUUAUAAAAUAUUUCAUGACUCAUAUUCAUUUGAGUGUUAAUAUAAUUAAAUAUGGUUUUGCAAUUA